AUGAAGUUCGAGGCCAUCCUGGAUGAGAUCAACGGCUUCGGGCCUUUCCAGAUCAUCCUCAUCCCGCUGCGGUGCUCCCCUUGGCUGGUUCUUCCGCUUCACUUCCUGUUGAGUAACUUCAUCGCCGUGGUGCCUCUUCACCGCUGUGACAUCAGCUCGCUGGAUGACCGAGGGUUCUUUGGAAAUUUAACUCGGGAGCAGAGACUGACCGUCAGUAUUCCUGCUCGAGAGGAUGGAGAACCUAAAUCCUGCGAGAUGUUUGCAGAGCCUCAGUUCCAGCUUUUAUCCAACAGCUCCAGCAGCAGCGGCCUGCCCACAGUUCAGUGUCAGAGUGGAUGGAUUCAUGACAACUCCAGCUUCACCUCCACCGUGGCAACAGAGUGGGACCUCGUCUGUGAUAGAAAGAGUCUGACACAAACAGCGAGCACCAUAUUCUUUUCUGGAGUCAUGGUGGGGGCCGUGGCUUUUGGAUUCCUCUCUGAUAAGUAUGACAGGAAGAACACUCUCCUGGCCUCGUACAUCAUGUCGAUGGCGUUCGGCUUCUCCACUGCGUUUGCAAACUCCUUCCUCGUGUUUUCAGUGUUGAGGUUUCUCACCGGAUUCUCUCUGACAGGAAUCAGCAUCACCUCUCUGGUUCUCAGCAUCGAGUGGGUGGACAAGGCCCACAGGUCGUUCAUCAGUGUGAUCGGAGGCUUGUUCUGGUGUGCAGGAAACAUGCUGCUGGCUGGGUUUGCUUUUCUGAUCACCGGCUGGAGGACGCUGACUAUGACUGUUACAGCGCCGGUGGCUUUGGCUGUUUUAACCUGGUGGUGGGUUCCUGAAUCUGCUCGAUGGCUUUUAGCCAACGGUAAAGUGGACCAGGCUCAGUUUUACCAGGAUAGAUGUGCAAAAAUCAACAAACAAGAACUGUCGUCCAACUUCAAACUAGAAACCCCGGACAACAUGAAUGUCCUGGAAAAGCAGAACAAGAACUACUCGUACCUCGACCUAAUCAGAACCCCAAAGCUGAGGACGUUAACUCUACAGACGGGGAUAAUUUGGUACGGAGUCUCCUCGACGUAUUACUGCAUCAGUUUGAAUAUCUCUGGGUUUGGCUUGAACAUGUACCUCACACACUUCAUCUACGCCGCCAUUGAAGUUCCCUCCAAGCUGCUGGUUUAUUGUGCCGUCAACUUCUUUGGGCGAAGGAAGUGUCAAGCAGGAACGCUGAUUGGGACGGUGACAUGCGUGGCGAUAAACAUCUUCAUGCCGAAAGAUCUGUGGCAGGUUCGUGUCGUGUUCGCCGUUCUGGGAAAAGGCUUCUCAGAAGCUGCCUUCACUACCAUCUUCCUCUACACCACUGAGCUUUACCCCACAGUCAUUAGGCAGAAUGGUUUGGGCUACACCAACUUCUUGAGUCGUCUGGGAGUGUCGAUGGCUCCUCUCAUCCUGAUGCUGGAGGACGUUUGGCCUUUUCUUCCUCAGGUCAUCAUCUGCUCCGUGGCCUUCGUCUGCGGCCUCGUGGCUCUGCUGCUCCCAGAAACUCUCAAUGUGAGGCUGCCAGAGACGAUAGACGACGCAGAGCAGCCAAGAACAAAUGAUGGAGCCUCUCAGAUCAAAUAA